CUUCAACACCGGAAGUAGUCAUGCAACAUGCCGGAUGUCGCUGUUUUGUGCGAGUACAUGAACCAGUGAAAGCAGUCUGCCAAAGAGGUUUAAUGUGGCAUUUUACAAAGUGAAGUUUGAGACCGGGUUGAAAAGAGCAAGACAAGCGGUACGCUGCUACCUACAGUUUUAAAACACAUGAUUGUGUUCAAAAUUACCAAAUACAGAAUUGCUCAUAGGCCUCAGAGAAUUUCUGGCCUCUAAGAAGGUCAACCAACUGUCCGCUUCAUAACUUGAGGACAUGGAGCAGAACAACAGUUUGCCUCCUUUCCAGGGUCUUGCCUCUCCUCAGGGGGCAUUGACACCUGUGAUGCCCAUGUUCAGCCCCAUGAUGCCUUAUGGCAGUGGUCUGACUCCCCAGCCUGUGACCAACACCAACAGCCUGUCUCUACUGGAAGAGCAGCAGCGACAACAACAACAACAGCAGCAGCAGCAGGCUUCCGCCCAGCAAAGUGGAAUGCCAGGGGGUUCGGGACAGACACCCCAACUUUAUCACUCCCAAACGGUCACCACCACCACAUUGCCAGGAAACACCCCUCUCUACAAUACUACACCAUUAACCCCAAUGACACCCAUCACACCCGCUACACCUGCGUCAGAAAGUUCUGGGAUCGUUCCACAGCUACAGAACAUUGUAUCAACAGUGAAUUUGGGCUGCAAACUUGACUUAAAAACCAUUGCACUGCGAGCUAGAAAUGCUGAGUACAACCCCAAACGAUUUGCUGCUGUUAUCAUGAGAAUACGAGAGCCAAGGACAACUGCACUUAUCUUUAGCUCUGGAAAAAUGGUGUGCACAGGAGCCAAAAGUGAGGAGCAAUCCCGUCUGGCAGCCAGGAAAUACGCUAGAGUUGUACAGAAAUUGGGUUUCCCCGCCAAAUUUCUUGAUUUCAAGAUUCAAAACAUGGUGGGCAGUUGUGAUGUUAAAUUCCCUAUUCGGUUAGAGGGACUAGUGCUAACUCACCAGCAAUUCAGCAGUUAUGAACCAGAAUUGUUCCCUGGGCUAAUCUACAGAAUGAUCAAACCCAGAAUUGUCCUGCUGAUAUUUGUUUCCGGCAAAGUUGUAUUAACAGGUGCAAAGGUGAGAGGAGAAAUUUAUGAAGCAUUUGAAAACAUCUACCCCAUCUUGAAAGGAUUCAGGAAGACAACGUAAAUAUUUAUACCUGCAGUAUUUUUUUUUCUUUUCUUUUUUAUAUAUGUAUAGUUGCAGGGGAAUUUGCUCUGUUACUUUGGGACUCUGAUUGGACCUGUACAGUUUAAUCGACAAGUCAGGGACCCCUCCUAUUCACCUUAAUGGUGAUUUUAUACUAGGGGAAAUGCUGUAUUAUAGCAGUUUUAUUUGUUUUUAAAUGACUCUUGCUUGUUAUAAAUGUGGCAGUCUUGAUGGCUGUUUCUUUUCAUUUAAGCAUUUAGAUUUUUCUGAAGUAGGUUUUAUUGUUGAUGUUAUCCUACCAUUUUUCAGUGCAUGUUAGACCACACAUUCCCAACAAAUGGACAUUCAAGAUUCAUAACAUUAUUCUUUCACUGUCUUUUAUAAUCAUAUUCAUUGUUAUAUGAAGAAACCAGAUUGUUACUUAAAAUUGUGUUGAAAGGUUUGGCUUCCCAUUAUUUCUAAGAUUUCUUGUAUAUUGUUUGGAUUACAUGUUGAUACAAUAUUGUCUAGCCCUGAAGAGGUAUCAUAACAUGGAGUGGAAGAUUCAUCUUGCAACCUUAGUGUGCGUCUGAAGAAUGUUAUUAGUUAUGUACCUCAGAAUACUUUCUCAUUCAGUGUUUGUCCAAUUUUAAGUGCGAUUUAAGGAGUCAUGUUUUAAUGCUAGAAAUAACAAACAUUAUACAUACUGUAUAUUUGGUCAGCAAUCUAAAGCCCGUGAAAGCACUGUCACAGUAAGUACUGUAUGUUCUGGUUUUAAAUAUUAUUUUACUACAUUGUGCACAAUUAAAUGAUCCCGCUCCUUAA